AUGGCCGUCUUUCUCGUCUACCUGGCUCUGCUCUCUUUCCUGUCCCGGUGCUCAGCUCAGUGGUGUUACCAGAGCCAGUACUCCUGCGACGACGCAUGCAAAGAUCCUAGCCGCUGGGUGGCCCAGUUCCCGAGCUGCGGAGGACUACGGCAGUCGCCCAUCAACAUCGUCACCAGCAAAGUGCGCGUCGACAGCGCCCUGCCGCCGCUCGACUUCAUGGGCCACAACAGCAGGAUCAACGUCACGGCGGAGAACCUGGGCCACUCGGCCCGCUUUGUCCUGCCCCAGUCAGUGCGUCUGGGCGGAGGGGCUCUGCCCGGGCAAUACAGAGCUCUCCAGUUCCACCUCCACUGGGGCGUGAACGGACGGCCAGGAUCAGAACACACUGUAGAUGGAGAGAGAUUUCCGAUGGAGUUGCACAUAGUCCACAUUAAGGAGCCGUAUGGCUCUCUGGCAGAGGCAGAACGUGAUAUGGCUGGCUUAGCUGUGCUCGCCUUCCUGUUUGAGGAAACAACCGAGGACCACCCUCAUUUAAACGAUCUGAUAGCUGCCCUUGGUCGAGUACAAAACAACGGCAGCACCACCGUGAUCCAGGACUUCCAACUCUGUGACAUCCUUCCUCCGGCCCGGGAGCUCCGUAGUUACUAUCGCUAUGUGGGCUCCAUGACGACGCCGGGCUGUGAACAGGUGGUUGCUUGGACGGUGUUCCACAAGACUUUGCCCGUUAGCAACCGGCAGCUGGUGGCAGUAGCUCAGCAGUGUCGAUUCUGGACCGGACAGCCGAUGACUGACAUCUUUCGACCCGUGCAGCCUCUAGAUGGUAGAGUCGUGUACCGGUCCAAGGCGGGUGCGGUUUUGCCCGAUUUCAUCGCCGUGCUGCCCUGUGCUCUCUCACUGCUCGCCAUGACCUUCACUUAA